CAUGCUCGGUGAGCGCCGCUGCCGUCGCCAGACAGCAACUCACCAGGAUGCUUGCUUGGUGAUCAAAUUUCGUCUUGUCAGCGUUACAUCGCCACAAGAUGAAGCUACCACCUUCUUAGAGUUAAGAAGAGCGAGGAGACGCCGUUUGAUGCUGCUCUAGUGAUGGUGGCAUGCUGGCCUGCUUGCCGGCAUCACGGGAUCCCGCCUUCCAGCUUCUCACCCGCACGCAGAUGAACGCUGGACUUCAGAAAUGGGGACGCACACACUCGACCAGAUCCGCCAGCUGCCCGACACCUGCAGAGUUGGACGCCUUUGCUAAGAAAGUGGCCAACAGUCCUCUGACGAUCCAGAUCUUUCCCAACAGCGUCAAAGUCCCACAGAGGAAGCACGUCCGCCGCACCGUCAACGGGCUCGACACGUCCUCUUCCCACCAGCGCCAAUCUCCCCAUCCGUCCCAGGUUCGCGCACGAGGGGGCCUGUUGGCCGUGAUCCGCACGCCCGCCAAAGUGUCGGCCUGUAGCCGCGGACGCAACCUCCACAGAGCUGCAAUGAAUCCUCACAGCGGCCCAUACGCGGCUCAAAGCACUGCGAACAUUCCCCAACCUGCUGCACACCUACAGGCUCCGCUGCAGCCGAGCCGCGCCCUCAAGGAGACUUUUCAUCCUCAGGCCCCGCACGCCCUGGCUCACCCUGUCACCUUACAGCAGCGUGACACGGCCCCGUCACAUGGGCUGCGGCUUCACCAGAGGCCCACCCCUAACCAGCGUCAGCAGCAUCAAGGCCCGUGCGCUGCAGUGGGUGGGGUUCCCCCUCGUCUUGCUCACGUGCAGACACUGAAGCAUCAGACACUGCCAUCGUCUCACACAUUACUCGCUGCCGCCCCACCGGACCUUUGCCUCAUUCCUGACUCAGGUCCGCUUCCUGGCAUGCAACACGGCCAGAGGCUUGCUGGCCCGCAGCCCGUCCCCCAGACCUCGGGGACCAUGUCCAGCAGCCUCCAGCCGCCCCCUCUGGGCGCUUAUGGGCCCCGCAAGCUCCCCGACUCGGAUGCACCCCCGAAUGUAACCGUAUCUACCUCAACCAUCCCUCUGUCGAUGGCCGCCAGCCUGCAGCAGAAUCGAGCAGGCGACCUGAGCAGCAUCGUGCACCAAAUCAACCAACUCUGUCAGGCUCGUGCCGGCGCUGGCACCACGUCUGUCUGCGAGGGGCAGAUAGCCAACCCGAGCCCCAUCAGCCGAAACCUGCUCAUCAAUGCCAGUUCCAGGGUGUCCAACCCCCAGGUGGGUCUGGUUUCUGGGUCUAGCUGCCUCAUGGCUGGGCCCGCAGACAUGGCUACAGCGCUGCCACCUAGUGCCGGUAUCCAAUCACAGCUUAGCCUCUCUGCUGCAAACAAUGUCCCCGCCUUCUCCACGGAUGCAGUCCACGUCCACCAGCAGCGAGCCUGGAGCCAACAUCACAUGCAGCUGCCCCCUGAGGGAGUCCAUCCCUGCAAGAACCCCCGCAUGGAACCCCCUUUAGAGAGCACCUUCCCCACCGGGACCCUCGGCUACCCCUGUAAGCAGACCCGAGCAGACGGACCCAGACCGGCGUCCCCUGUCAGCUGUCCUGGUGCUCCCACGCCCUAUGCUAACGGUCACUAUGAGCUGAUGUCGUGGGGCGGAGCCUCAGGAGCCACUGACAACACUGGAUGCGGGCCACAUGAUGUCCCAGCAGGCUUUCAGGUGGGCCGCAUUCUGGGGGCUAAGUACCGUUUGGGCAAAGAAGGUCUUCCCGGACAGUCCAAGUUGCUGUCCAAUGUGGACUUUUUGGGCGGAGGAGACUUUGUGAUGGGCAGGUAUCAGGAGCCCAACAUGGAGAUGAUUGACAGGUCAGCUGUGGGCCAACCUCAGGACGCCAGACAUGGUGGCGGUGGCCACAGUCUUCAUCCCGCCUACCGCUAAGAGUCUGAGCAGUUGCAGGGCGGCCAUUUUCUCAGGUCUGUGUGUGAGACAAUUGUUUCAUUUGAAAUUUAAAUUUUUAGUGACAUACGCGGUUGUGAUGAACACUUUCCCACCACACACAAACUGUGCCCGUGUGUCACGGUCGCAUGGCGCUUUAACAGUAGCAAGAUUUUUCUCACACGUAAAAUCUACUAGUGAUGUCUUAUUGCGCCACUCGAUAUCUUUCCAGGCGCAACCGCCCCCAUGCCCCACCACCCUUCCCCAAAACAAACCUUGUGUGUGACAUUUUACUCUACUCGCCAUGCGAGUCGUGUCGUCUUCGUGCGUGCUCAGUGCAAACCUUACUGUUUGGUCUUUACUCUCUUUGGCCUUGUGCGUGAGAUGGUGAUGGGGGGGGCGGAUGCAUUGUCACCAAAGUUUUGACCAAAAUACUUGAAGGCCGUUGGCCAUUGUGGCCCCGCCCAUGGUUCCUGGGCAUCUCUACACUGUCGCCAUCUUGGAAGAUCCAAUGUGGAGAAUAACUAUGAGUUGGAGGUGGAGUCUCACACUGACUGGACAUACGUAGCGACUGCUUCCUUUUGGUUUGACACGUGCACACACACGUGCAAGCUACUGAUCUGACUACUGUUUGUGUGUGUGUGCGCACAAAGCCAUGUGAAGCCACGCAUUUGAUUUUGAGGAAUGAAUCCAAAGUUAAUCAGAGCGAGAUUUUGUGGAAAUGUGAUAUUCCAGAUUAGGGACCUUCAGGAAUAAAAGGCUUUGCCCAUCAAAAUAAAGUUUUGCUAACACAGCAAAACUCAGCGUUUUUUUUGUGCCUCGGUUAAUGUCAACAUUGUGAUAUUUAAGUAAACAUUUCAACGAAAAGUUUAAAGUUGAUGUCUUGCUCAACAGCAUGGCGGCAGAGCUAAAAGUACAUUUCAGAUGUCGUCAAACAAGUCCAACAAGUUUUGGAAGAACUUCAGAAGUCAAACCGCCGUCAUCAGUGACAUCACGUGAGCAGCUUUGGUGUGCUUUUUCUUGAGCUUUUCUGCUAUAGAAGGACAACUUUAAUGAUGACCGUAGAACAGAAACAGCUUUAGUCCUGGUUGCUCAGCACAAUAUGGCGGACAAAAAUUAGUCAAUAAAAUAGCAGAAUCUACACUGCAACAGAGCCGCAACAAUUCAUCAAUUAUGCAAUUAAUCGACCAAUAUUUUGUAUUGUAUUGUAUUGUAUUGUAUUGUACUUUAUUUAUCCCACAGCAGGGAAAUUCACUUGUUACAGCAGCAAGCAAGUUGGUAUUUGAUUAUUUUAUUUAAAAAUGUAAACAUCCUCUGAUUUCAGCCUCUCAAAUGUGAAUAUUUUUAAAUUUUCUUCUUCAUGAAAGCAGACCUAUGAUCUUUGUGUUGUAGGCAAAACAAGAUAUUCGCACAUAACAGCUUUGACUUUGGAAAUCAGUGAUCAUUGUCUUUUCUGAUAUGUUGUGGACUUAAGGCACAAUUUUGAUGACUUUAGGCUCUACUUGGACUUUUACAUCAAUGACUCAGGAUCACUGACUCAAUUGUUGACUCUGACAUGAGUACUUUUUCAGUGAGUGUGUUGAGUACAAUGUGUCCCCAUUCAAAGAAUUCAACUAAUAAUGGAUGACCGUCGGUCUAGGGCCUAACCGAUUCAUUGUACCUCGCCUGAGGCCGUCUUCCUCACCACGGUCAUCCCUCAUCAUCAAAGUUAAGGGCGAGAACAUUGUUUUGUUUUUAUGCACAGUGGUGACCGUUUUUUUAGACUUGUAUGACAGGUAAAUGAAAUGCACCGAGAACAGGAAAUUCAAAAGAUAGUUAAAUUUUAAUUUAUUAUUAUUCAUAGUGUAUGUAUUUGCAAAUUCAAUGAUGAUGUGUGUAUGUGUGUGGUCCUAAACUAAAAGUUUUUGCUCCAAAUUUCCGUCUUCAUACAACAGAAUAUUCUGGGCAGUGAGAGUUGUCACGUUUCGUUGAAAGCUUUGACCACUGGUUUAGUCUUGGAAAAAGUCUACACGCAUGUAGUGAACAUGUGCAGGAGGCGUGGUCAAGUGGUGGCGUGCGGUUCCCUCCAGCAGGUGUGAACUGAUCCAGCCAGGUGGUCGGCGUCAUGUGACGCCACAGAGGAGGCGCUCUGUCCCUCUCGGGCUGGCGACCUCCCUCACUCGCUCUUUUUCAUGCAGACGUUACAUCGACCAAUGUUGUUCCUCUGCUGCCAAGCCUCCAUCAUCACUGUGCUCGACGACCAAGAUGUGUCGGACGAUGGCUUAGAAGAGUCCAUGGUGGUCAGCCAGAAGCUGUAGAUGUUUGCGAAGUAGUGGCACGUUCCUCGAGGCCCCUGACACUCCACAAAAGGCUGCGCCCGGAAGUCCGCCAGGCAACUUCCCGAUGAUGUCAGAGACUGACCGCCGCCUUCAUCACCUGCACCCGUAUGCUGCAAUCAAUCAAUCAACUGUGACGUAUACCCUUCAGGCUACACCUCAAUCGUUAGCUCCACCAGCAUCAGCACCCACCAUGAGGAAGGAGUAUCCGGUCCACAGGCUCCUCCAGUUGGGGGGGCACUCUGGCUGGGUGGAUGAUUGACUGUGUAGUGCAACAGGGGCAGAAGGGGCUUCACAAACCACACAGCGGCUGAUGUGGUCUUCGAUGGAGGCUCCGCCCACAGGCAUGGUGGGAACGGCAGCCGUUGUCGACAGCCAAUAAGACUUGUCGUUGCGACUGGCGUACGAGCAGGUUCCCAUGUUGCAGGAAGCGAAGGGCAUGGUGGAAAAGACUCGCAUACAUGAACCCGCCUGACCUGAAAAGUAAUUUUAGUCAAAUCGUGGACCACAAACUUUGUUCAUAUGAUUGUAUUGCAGAAAAAGUCCUGAUGUACUUGAGACCUUUUAUCACAUUUAAAAUUCAAAUGUGGAGCAUGAAAUUGAUGGGUAGGUACCAAACAGCUCACUGUGUGAUGAAAAAAGUGGAAAUUCUUGUCAGUACAGUUCCCUUGCUACAUCACGGUUCACCUUUCGCGGACUUGCUGUUUCACGGAUUUAAGUGCAAUUACGCAUGUUUAAAAAAAAAAAAAAUUACAGCGUAUGAACGCAGUGUUCUACGUCCUUGUGGUGUAUUACAGCGAUCUAUCGAUGCUCUGCUGUAUGUGUCUGUUGUUGUAUUUACUACUGCUACCAGUAGAGGCUGUUGUAUACUCGUUAGAGUUGAAGACGUGUGCAGCUGGAGUAAAGAUGUCAACUCUCCACCUUGCCUCAUGUGUUUAUGUGCCUGUACGAGCAUAUUAGGAACCCAUAGUAGAGCUACAAUAGCGGGCUAAAUAUAGAACCACGACAGUCCUGAUUGGCUA